UGGAGGAGUGAGGGCAGCCGCCAUUUUGUUGUAGCCCAGAGGAAGAGGCGGGGAGGGGAUGUUGUAUCGCUAAAGCGGCCCUGCUGCGUGAAUUGAAUGUGGAGAGUGUGUACUCAGUGAGGAGGAGCGUGAGAAAAACCAGCAGGCCAGAGGAGAGAACUGUUUCUAAAGCCACAAGGACUUCUGGAAGGAGGUGAAGAUGGAGAAUCGGCCCCCCCGGAUGUCAGGAGGUGGAUCCAGUAAUAAAAAUACAUCGGAUAGACAGGAAGGACGCAAUUUCCCCCAGUAUCACCAGAGUGGAAAUUCGAGUGGCAUUAAAGCUGAAGUGAAAGAGGAAGUAGAAGAGACAUAUUUGUGGGGUGAUGAUGAGCAAUGUAUUGAGGAGGAAAUCGCUCCAGAGAUCAGCGCAGACACCAGAGCCACUUUGAGACGCACCAGAGCUGAGGAAAGGAGGAGCACGAGCAGGAUAAAAGAGGAGGACAUUCGUACAGAAAUCAGCACAAACCGUGGAAACACCAGGGACGUCGGAAUCGACAUGGCGGGAGAAAUGCACAUGGUGAUUAAAGAGGAGGAAGUUCCUGUAGAGAUCAGCACAGGUGAAUUCGGUAACAAGCGUGCACGGGACGAUAGCUGGAUCGUACAGGAUUGUCAGAAUGACAAUCUUAAAGCUGAAGUCAAGGAGGAAGCACAAGACUCAGACAUGACAGAUGCAGGGCAAUGUAAGGAGGAGGAGUUUCCAACAGAGAUCGGUGCAGAUGGACAAUACAGAAGAUUUCCUGAUGGCGCUGACCCACUGCUAGGAAGAUCAACAGAUUUUCUUUAUGAUGAAGAAACAAUUGAAGAUAUGUAUUCCUACACCAUGGACUCGGAUCGAGGAUCUUUCGAGAAUUCAUCAGAUGAAGAUGAGGAAUCGGAACCAUCCUCUCCAGAAAGGGAGCCCGAUGAGGAACUUAAAGAAUUACUUCAACAAAUGUACGAGAGAGUAAAUCCUCCGGGUCAACCAACGCCUCCAUGCUUCCAAGACGAUCCAAUCCGGCUUAGACCUCCCUCACCAUCUGACGAAAGCCCCUCGGGAGACACCCUCAUCGGCAACAGUGACUGGUGCGUCUGCGGGAACUGCCGACCGAUGCUGACAAAUUACGAGUCGGCGUGCUGCCACAACGUGGACAGUGCCGAUCGCUUUAUCACGGGUGAAAUGCACUGCAUAACGGAGGCAGAAGAAUUCCGCGAACGUUGCCUGAACGAACGAAUCCUUCGGUACUUGCUUGAAUGCGACAACAUUACGACUAAAAAAGAUUUCGAUAAAGACAGGAACCGGUGCCUGCGGAAAGCUGCCUUCCGGUCUUACACUCGGAUGGUUCAUGGAUUUUGGGGGAAGAAGAAGAGAAUCGCAGUGCCAUCUUGUGUUGUAUGGGCUGUCCGAAACGCCUUCCCAGACCCAGACGGGCGCUACAUAGAAGUGGGCCUGUGGCCGAGUGAUUAUAUAGCCAGUGAUAUGGCGUUGUACAUGUAUUAGUUCUGGUGUUUUUAGUUAUGUUGAUGCGUUAUUGUCCUCGAACGUUAUCCUGUUUUAUGCAAUUAAGAUUCUAUUUUUGUUUCCACGGUUUUUACUCUUCAAUAAAAAUGUUUAAAAUGAA